UGUAUCAUAAUUGAGAAUUCAGAACCACCAUUUCCCUUUGUUCUUCUUCUCCGAUCCAAAAAAUGCAGUUUGAUUCCGAUUCAGAUUCCGACGGUUCUCACAUUUCCUCAACUCCACCAAGACAACAACCAAAUUCACCACCACCACCAAAACCACCUCUUCCAGUUUCAAACAAAAAAUCCAAAACCAAAACCAAAACCUCAAAAUCCAAUAAACCCCUUUCUAAACCCCCCGAAAUUCUUCCCGAACAAGAAUCUUUCCCCUUCCCUUCCAUCCCCUCACUUCCUUUCAACAUCCGACAACGAACGUCUGACGCUCCUUCAACUUCAUCUUCUCACUCUAUCGAAACCCUCCCUGCCGGAUUCUUCUCCAAAUCAAUUUCAUUCUCCAAAAUUCGUAAACCCUUACUCAACCUAGAAACAUCCGAAGCCGAACCGGUUGUUGAUUCUGCAAAAACUGUAGCGAAAUCUGUGAAGAAACAUCCGAAUUUGAUAGGUGCUAGUGUGGUAACGCCGAUAGUGAAGGCACUAAAAGGCGCUGGAGAAGGAAAUUUUGUGAAAUUGAAUCUCAAUGGUAAGAGGAAAAAGUUUUUGAAUAAAGGAUGGAAGAAAAAUGGAAAAUUUGGUAGUGGUAAAAGGUAUUUUAGAAAUAGUAAUGGUAGUAAUAGUGGUAGAAGUAGUAGAAGUAAACGUAUAAAAUCGGAAUACAAAGAAGACGAUGAUGAUGAUGAGGGGGAUGGUAUGGGUGUUGAGAAUGCAAAGCAACAGGAAAAGAAGAAUGGUUGGGAAAAUGAAUGCGAAGUGUUGGAGGAGGCUGUGUUAGCAGCAAGAGAUGAUGCUUCUGAUGAGAAUUUGGUGAAGUUGUUGAAAUUGAUUCAUGGUUUUGAUUCUUUUCGAGAGGGGCAGCUUGAGGCGAUUAAGAAUGUGCUUGCUGGGAAAUCGACGAUGCUUAUUUUGCCGACUGGUGCUGGGAAAUCGUUGUGUUAUCAAUUGAGUGCGUUGAUUUUGCCUGGGAUUACGCUUGUUGUUAGUCCUUUGGUAGCUUUGAUGAUUGAUCAGCUUCGACAAUUGCCUCCGCUCAUUUCGGGCGCUCUUCUAAGCAGUGCUCAGACAUUUGAAGAAUCCUCUGAAACGCUUAACCAGCUUCGUCAAGGCACAAUAAAGGUGCUUUUUGUUUCACCAGAGCGAUUCUUGAAUGAAGAAUUUCUGUCUGUUAUCUCUGGUGGGUUAGCCGUCUCACUUGUUGUUAUUGAUGAAGCACAUUGUAUAUCUGAAUGGUCUCACAAUUUCCGACCUUCAUUCAUGAGACUUAGAGCAUCACUGCUUCAUAAGAGUCUUAAUGUAGGUUCUAUCCUUGCAAUGACAGCAACUGCCACAACCACGACUUUAGAUGCCAUUAUGUCUGCCCUGGAUAUUCCUCGCACAAAUCUUAUUCAGAAUGCACACUUAAGGGACAAUUUGUGUUUGUCUGUGUCUUUGAUAAAAAAUAGAAUGAAAGACCUACUGGUGCUUAUGAAGUCUUCUCCUUUUGCGGAAGUUAAAAGCAUCAUAGUAUACUGCAAAUUUCAGUCUGAAACUGAUCAAAUUAGCAGAUAUUUGAAUGAUAACAAUAUCAAGGCAAAGAGUUAUCAUAGUGGUAUUUCUGCAAAGGAACGUGGCUACGUACAGGAGUUGUUUGGUUCAAACAAGAUCAGAGUGGUUGUUGCAACUGUGGCAUUUGGCAUGGGACUAGAUAAAAGAGAUGUUGGAGCAGUAAUUCAUUACAGUUUACCUGGAAGUCUGGAAGAGUAUGUACAGGAGAUAGGACGUGCCGGAAGGGAUGGGAGGUUGUCCUAUUGUCACCUAUUUUAUGAUGAUGAGAUGUAUUUCAAACUUCGUAGUCUAAUGUACAGUGAAGGAAUAGAUGAAUAUGCAGUGAAUAAAUUUCUGUCUGAAGUGUUUCCUGCUGACAAAAGCUCCUGUGGGAAAAUAUGUUCGUUAAUCAAAGAACCUGCUUCACGCAGGUUUGAUAUGAAAGAAGAGGUGAUUCUCACAGUUUUGACACGCUUGGAGCUGGGUGACGUGCAGUACUUACAUUUACUUCCACAGACAAAUGCAACGUGUGUUCUGAAUUUUCAUAUGACUCCGGCUGUGUCCCUUGCCCAAAAGGUUUCUGCUAUUGCUGCAAUUCUGAAAAGAUCUGAAAAUAAGCACGGACAAUAUACUUUUGAUAUUCCAACUGUGGCAAAUGACAUGGGGGUCACACCAGUUGAAUUAACAAAUCAGUUGUAUGCCCUAAAGUUGAAGGGAGAAAUAACUUAUGAAAUGAAGGACAUGGCCUACUGUUAUAGGAUUCUUGAAGCCCCAGCAGACUUUUUUUCUCUAUCAGCAGAUAUUACACGAUGGUUAUCGGAAGUUGAAUGUUGUAAGGUACGAAAAAUGGAUGCAAUGUUUAAUGCUGCAUAUUUUGCAGUAAAUCUAUGUGAUAAGAUGAGUGGUUGCAGUAGUUCUGAUCACACUUCAUGCUUGCAAAGGAUAAUAUUGGAUUACUUUGCUGGAGUUGAUAAUGCUGAUUUCUGCAAGAAAAUUGAUCAAAGCAGCCGUUUCCUGCGGGCAGAUAUAAAGGUUUUUCUACAGAGCAAUUCACAUGCUCGCUUUACACCAAGAGCUGUUGCGAGGGUAAUGCAUGGAAUUGCAAGCCCAGCCUACCCUUAUACAAUAUGGGGUAAAACCCAUUUCUGGGGAAGGUAUACCAAGAUAGACUUUAACGUUGUGAUGGAAGCAGCUAAGGAAGAACUUAAAACAUUUAUUGGAAAAGAUUACUCUAGCAAUUUAUGAUCGAUUUUCCCAUCUACCAAAUUUGCACCGAGUCCCUUACCGGUAAAGACAUCUGUGCAUUGAUUGAAGGCAGGGCGGGGGUUGCUCAAUUUUGUGACCUGCUGUUGUUUCACGCCAUGUUAUUCACUGUCAAAAUUGUGCCGCAAGUACCUGUCUGUUACUCCAGGUUGAGACAACCAAAAUGAAAAUUCAAUGCUCUGCUUCAUUAUAUGUGCGAUCUAGAUGGAAGGAAUCAAGGAUUUACAAUCUUUAUGUCUUAUAUUUUUGUUGUUAUCUCCUUGUUGUAGAAAGUAAUCCUCCAGGUCAAAAGGAAAAGGUUGAUGAACUCAACUUUAUGUUUUUCCUCUCUUUUAUUUUUCCCCAUAUACAAUAAAGAAUGACGCUACUUAUUAACAAAGCUCAAAUGUAUAGUGCAUGAAGAUUUUUUCCAUGUACAAAACAGUUAGUAUAAGGUGCAUGAUUAAAGUAUAAAUUUUACUUGUGUUGAAA